AUGGCUGUGUUGGAUAUGCUGACAGAAAACCUGGUCGUGAGGUUGAGACUGGUUGUCUACUGUAUACUGGUUUUCUUCAGUUUUUUCAUAUUUGUUGGCAUCGGAGUUUUCAAGGACAAUCAUCUAGGACUUUGUCUAUUGUAUUAUUCUGGAUAUGCGGCGCCAGUUUCCAACUGCAACUAUCCCAUGGCAAUUGCUAUAAUCUUCCAGCUAAUCUACGCAUUAGCCAGGAUUGUGCUCCUUGCACUUCUUAUGCUUGGCAAAUUGACCACUGAGAUGUUUGUUUUCUCCAACAUUCUGGAACUGGUUUACGUGCUGCUCGAUGUGAUUGCUUGUAUUCUGACAUUCAUUGGAGCUUGUAUUUUAUCUGCAGGCUUCACUGGCUCCUCCCAGUACUUUUGGGGGUCAUCCAAGACUUCUGUAGAUAUUGCGCAGGCUGGAGCUUGGAUCGGCACUAUCUUGUGGAUUAUUCUUAGUGUUGUUGGUGUUGUUUAUAUUUUGCGCGCAGGAAAGCUUUCAUUCACAAAGAGUGGCGGGACAUCAGGGGGUGCAGGAACAUCUUCUCCCAGCGCACCACCUCAAGAAAUACCUCCAAAUUAUGAUCAGUCAUCUAAAUACUAA